UAACUGACGCUCGCUUGCCAGUGGCCACCUUGGCAUGGCCUUCUCAUUCCACCACAGCCCACCCUCCCCUUCCUCCUCUGCAGGUCUCUCUGGGAACCCUACCGACCUGGAGAAACGCAGGCAGGUGUUUGGGCAGAACCUGAUCCCCCCCAAAAAGCCCAAGACCUUCUUAGAGUUGAUGUGGGAAGCCCAAGGCGUCACCCUCAUCAUCCUGGAGAUGGCGGUCAUCAUCUCCCUGGUCCUGUCCUUCUAUCGCCCGCCCGGCGGAGAAAAUGAGCUGUGUGGUCAGAUUGCACAAAGCGCGGAGGAUGAAGGGGAGGCGGAAGCCGGCUGGAUCGAGGGGGCAGCCAUCCUGUUCUCGGUGAUCAUCGUGGUGCUGGUGACCGCCUUCAACGACUGGAGCAAGGAGAAGCAGUUCCGGGGCCUCCAGAGCCGCAUCGAGCAGGAGCAGAAGUUCUCCGUGAUCCGCAACGGCCAGCUCAUCCAGCUGCCGGUGGCUGACAUCGUGGUGGGCGACAUCGCCCAGAUCAAGUACGGUGACCUGCUGCCAGCCGACGGAGUCUUGAUCCAGGGGAAUGACCUGAAGAUUGACGAGAGCUCUCUCAUGGGGCAGUCCUACCAUGUCCCGAAGUCCCUGGACAAAGACCCCAUGCUGCUCUCAGGGACCCACGUCAUGGAAGGCUCUGGCCGGAUGGUGGUGACCGCUGUGGGUGUCAACUCGCAGGCCGGGAUCAUCUUCACUCUGUUGGGGGCCAGUGAGGAUGACGAGGAGGAGAAGAAGAAGAAAGGUAAAAAACAAGGAGUCCCUGAAAAUCACAACAAAGCAAAGACCCAGGACGGCGUGGCCCUGGAGAUCCAGCCACUCAACAGCCAGGAGGGGGCCGACAACGAGGACAAGGACAAGAAGGCCAGCAAGGUGCACAAGAAGGAGAAGUCGGUGCUGCAGGGCAAGCUGACGUGCCCGGCUGUCCAGAUCGGCAAAGCCGGUCUCAUCAUGUCCGCCGUGACUGUCGUCAUCCUGAUCCUGUACUUCGUGAUCGACAACUUCGUGAUCCAGGGCAGACCGUGGCUCGCCGAGUGCACCCCUGUCUAUAUCCAGUACUUCGUCAAGUUCUUCAUCAUCGGCGUCACCGUGCUGGUGGUGGCCGUGCCCGAGGGGCUGCCGCUGGCCGUCACCAUCUCCCUGGCCUACUCUGUAAAGAAAAUGAUGAAAGACAACAUCCUGGUGCGGCACCUGGACGCCUGUGAGACGAUGGGCAACGCCACGGCCAUCUGCUCCGACAAGACCGGCACGCUGACCAUGAACCGCAUGACCGUGGUGCAGGCCUACGUCGGGGGCACCCACUACCACCAGGUGCCCAGCCCCAACGUCUUCCUGCCCAAGGUCCUGGACCUCAUCAUCAACGGCAUUGCCAUCAACAGCGCUUACACAUCCAAGAUCCUGCCUCCGGAGAAGGAGGGAGGCCUGCCGCGGCAGGUGGGCAACAAGACCGAGUGUGCUCUGCUGGGCUUUGUCGCAGAUCUGAAGCAGGACUACCAGGCGGUGCGCAACGAGGUGCCCGAGGAGCAGCUCUACAAGGUGUACACCUUCAACUCGGUGCGCAAGUCCAUGAGCACGGUCGUCCGGAAGCCCGCCGGCGGCUUCCGAAUGUACAGCAAGGGCGCCUCGGAGAUCAUGCUGCGCAAGUGCAAUCGGAUCCUGGACAAGAAGGGGGAGGCGGUCCCGUUCAAGAACAAGGACCGCGACGACAUGGUGCGCAGCGUCAUCGAACCCAUGGCUUGCGAGGGGCUGCGCACCAUCUGCAUAGCCUACCGGGACUUCAACAACGCCGAGCCCUCCUGGGACAAUGAGAGCCAGGUCCUCACCGAGCUCACCUGCAUCGCCGUCGUGGGCAUCGAGGACCCCGUGCGCCCAGAGGUCCCAGAAGCUAUCGCCAAAUGCAAGCGAGCUGGCAUCACUGUCAGAAUGGUGACCGGGGACAAUGUCAACACAGCCCGAGCCAUCGCCACCAAAUGUGGCAUCCUGACACCUGGCGAUGACUUCCUGUGCUUAGAAGGCAAAGAAUUCAACCGACUCAUUCGCAACGAAAAGGGAGAGGUAGAACAAGAGAAGCUGGACAAGAUCUGGCCCAAGCUUCGGGUCCUGGCCCGGUCCUCGCCCACAGACAAACACACGCUGGUGAAAGGCAUCAUUGACAGCACCGUUGGGGACCAGCGGCAGGUGGUGGCUGUCACCGGUGAUGGCACAAACGAUGGGCCGGCCCUCAAGAAGGCAGACGUUGGUUUUGCCAUGGGGAUUGCAGGCACAGACGUGGCAAAGGAAGCCUCGGACAUCAUCCUCACCGACGACAACUUCACCAGCAUCGUCAAGGCCGUGAUGUGGGGGCGGAACGUCUACGACAGCAUCUCCAAGUUCCUGCAGUUCCAGCUCACCGUCAACGUGGUGGCCGUGAUCGUGGCCUUCACGGGCGCCUGCAUCACUCAGGACUCCCCGCUGAAAGCCGUGCAGAUGCUGUGGGUGAACCUGAUCAUGGACACUUUCGCCUCGCUGGCCCUGGCCACCGAGCCCCCCACCGACGCGCUGCUGCGGCGGCGCCCCUACGGCCGCAACAAGCCCCUGAUCUCGCGGACCAUGAUGAAGAACAUCCUGGGCCACGCCGUCUAUCAGCUCACCAUCAUCUUUUUCCUGGUCUUUGCUGGUGAGAAGUUCUUCCACAUCGACAGUGGGAGGAAGGCCCCGCUCCACUCGCCGCCCAGCCAGCACUACACCAUCGUCUUCAACACCUUCGUGCUGAUGCAGCUCUUCAACGAGAUCAACUCCCGCAAGAUCCACGGUGAGAGGAACGUGUUCGCUGGCAUCUACCACAACCUCAUCUUCUGCUCGGUGGUCCUGGGCACGUUCAUCAGCCAGGUUCUCAUUGUGGAAUUUGGGGGCAAGCCCUUCAGCUGCACAAAGCUCAGCCUGUCACAGUGGCUGUGGUGUCUCUUCUUUGGGAUCGGAGAACUCCUGUGGGGCCAGAUCAUCUCUGCGAUACCCACGCAAUCCCUGAAGUUCCUGAAGGAGGCCGGGCACGGCACCACCAAGGAGGAGAUCAGCAAGGACGCCGAGGGGCUGGAUGAGAUCGACCACGCCGAGAUGGAGCUGCGCCGAGGCCAGAUCCUCUGGUUCCGGGGCCUGAACCGGAUCCAGACCCAGAUCGAAGUAAUUAACACAUUCCAGACGGGAGCCUCUAUUAAGGGAGUCCUAAGGCGCCAGACCAUGGGGCAGCACCUUGACGUAAAACUGGGUCCUAGCUCGUCCUAUGUGUCGGUUGCGCCAGUCAGAACCUCCCCCACCACUUCUGUUGCUGCUGCCGCGUCAUCUCCUACUGUGGGCAGUGAGUGAGAGUCUCUUACGAUGCAUGAUUUGCUAAGAUGACCACAAGAGAGCACGCGGCCUCCGCCCUAACCCACCGUGGUUAGCUUUUCCUUUUGGUUUUUCCCUUUGACCUUUGACCCAAGGGAAGAAAAGACAAAAGUCCCACUCUAAAACCAGGCUGUGUGCCCUUUGAUUAUUAUUUUUCAAUGUUGAAAAGCUAUUAAACCUUAAGCAUUUUAAAGACCAGAAUCCUGUUUUCCGCCUGUGCCUCUGCAUCGCUUGUUUCUUCCUUUCCUUGUGUUUUUGUUUUGCUUUGCCUCUUUGUUUUGUUUUUGUUGUUUUCGGGGUUUUUUGUUUUUUGUCUCUUGCUUUGUUUGGCUAUGUCGCUGCUCCUCUACUCCCUCUGAGUCUAAACUCUCCCUCCUAAGCUCAGACGCAAGGUGAGGCUGAGUGGACACCCAGGGAGUCUGUUCACUUGAGGGUGACGCGGGGAUUGCUUGAGGAGAGGCACACAGAGAGCCAUCGUGCCCGUGGGUUUUGACGGCUGCACCUGCCGUAGCCCAGCUAGUUCUGGGCUUGCUCAGACAGCCCUCCUGCUGGCACGCCCCCGGCGGCAGUAGCCCGACAGCCGACAGCCGUAGAGGUGUAGGUAGCUCAGGGUGGAGGGUCCUGGACCUUUUACCUUGCAGGGCCCAUAAAUAAAGCAAGCUCUCACUUUAAGAAUCUACUGGCUCACUUCUGGGCACGUGGAAGGAUCAAAACAACGUGUUUUACGUCAUCAACUAAGCUAUUUUUUUAGGAGUUUCUGGAAGAGCAAUCCUCUUUUGCUUCUCUCCUCUGGUUCGAUUGCUUCGCCGGUAGCCAGCCCUUCCUGUCUCGUUUGCACGUGCAGUCUAGGAGCCGCUCUGCCAGCCAGCCUGGCGCUGCAGUGCCAUCCGCUCUCGGGCUCAGAGCAGGCGGUCCCGGUGGUAGAUUGUCAGACCCUGGCUGACGCUGUGCUCUCCUCUCCCCGGUCACUGGGCCUUUUCCCGGAGGGGAACGCAGGAAGGCAGCCAGCUCUUCCCCGACAGGGCCGUGAAGGAGUUUCUCGGUAGUGAGUCCCUCGUGGGGCUUCUCAGAUCUGCGUGUCGAGUCGAGUCCGCGCCUUCGGCCACCCCGCCCAGCCCCGUGCCCAACCCCGGCACAGAGCCGCAGGAAGAGCCUUCGCGUUGUCUGUGGCUUGCCGCAUUAUGAACCGGGCAGGUUGACCAGAGCUGGAUUCGUUUAGAUUUUUGAGCCAACCAUAAGUGUUCUGGUGUCAGACUUGCGGGGGUGGGGCUUGACAGAGACACGUGCUGCGUCCACAGGCUCAAAGGCAGGCAAGAAAGAACAAGAGAAGUGUCAGCCCGCGAGUAUCCAAGAGCCUCCCCCUCGGGCCUCCCACGUUACUGUCUUAAUCCCGCCUCUCUUCCGCAUUUGCUCUCCCUGCUAACUGGCGUCUGUUCCUUCCCUCUCUGGCGGGAAGGGUGAGUGUCGGGAGACUGAGCAGGAGGGAGCCCGCGUGCUGGCUCCAGUAGACGCCCGGAGCACAGGCAGGCCGCCCCGGCCUUCCUCCUGGGAAGUCCGGGAAGUCAGGGUCAGGCAUUUUCCCAUUCCGGAUCUUACUGGUUCGAAUAUCUGUCCCACCCUCACGGGACGGCUGUGCAGGGCCUCCCUCUCCAGGGAGAGCCCGGGCCUUUCCUCCCCUGCUUUCUGGAAAGGAAGCAGAAAGCAGCCGAAUUCCAGCCGAGGAAGGGGGGUCUCCAUCUGACCCCAGAGAGUGCCCGGGCACUGCUCGGGGCUCCUGGGAUAGGAGCAGGAGUUGUCCUCAAGGAGCCCCCUUCCCGAAUGAGCAGGGAGGGUGGGGGGUCGGCUGAGUGGGCGGGGCUCAGAGCUUGCACGACGCCCGCCUGCUGCGUUAGCCCUGUCCUGCCUCCACUGCUGUCCCCGCACCACACACCACGCUGCAGGGAGGGUGCGGACCUGGGGCGGUGAUGUCCCACGGGCGUCCCCUUCUCUCCUGCCGCUGGCCCGGUGGGGGCCCUAGCUUUCUGACACUCAGCUUCCCUUACAGGUGCCCGGUGUCCCUUUAGAUCCCCGAAGGUCUGCAGUCUAGGCUGGAUGGCUCUUCCUUGUUCCCCCAAAAGCCUCCCCUACCUUUUCCAUCUGCUUAUCCCCAAAUCACUUUUUAUCUCCUAUAACAAUGCUUGGCCACCCAGCAGGUGAGAGGAAAAGCCAGCAAGCAGGACUCCAGACCCUCAUUCCAGCCCCAGUUUGUUUAAAAGUCUGUUUUCCACAGUGGAUUUCCCAUGGACUUGUCUCAGGAAGGCCUCACCUGCGUCUAAAACAGAAGUAGGAAGUCUGACGUCACUGACGCUGAGGGCGCACGCCGUCCUGUAGUGCUCCCCCUAGAGGUUCUGAGAUCCCAAAAUGAUGAGCAGGGCGGGCUGCACUUCUGCAGCAGGUGGGAGCGCUGGGGCCUGUCCAUCUGCCCGGGUAGCCCCCGGGGCCAAGAGAGAAGGCGUUGGUUUGGGCCCACCUGACCCCACUUGCCUCGCUCGAAGAUCUGACGUGGAGCCGUGGGAAGCGGGAGCUCGCUGGACGCCAGUGGAGCUUCCACUCCCCUGGGCUCACCGGGAUCGGGAGCAGAGGCAUCGUGCAGGUACAGUCCACCCUCGGGUGCACAGCAGGAAUCCUAGGAGGACGGAAACGUGGGUCCUCAGUCCUGUGCAGUCAGGGGCGCGUGUGGCCCGGCUCCUUGAGUCUUCCUAGCUGAGGUGUUAAGCUGCUUGAUCCCACUGAGCGGCAAGAAGUCCUUGCCACGUCCCUGCUGAGGGGGGCUGCAGGCCGUGGUGGGACGAGGAAGAGCAGAAAACUUAGCCAGUGGACGUGCGGUUUCUCCAGGGAGGAGGGACCAACCGUACUGACGGUGAGCCUUCUUUGCCCAGUAUUCUGGAAGGUUCUACACAGUGGCAGAAAGCCCUAGGACAGGAGAUUCAGCUAAUUUAUUUGGCUUUCUUUUAAAAAGAUUUAUUUUCUUUAUUAGAAAGAUAGAGUUAGAGAGGGAGAAACAGAGAGAGAAAAGUCUUCCAUCUGCUGGUUUGCUCCCAAAAUGGCCACAACAGCCAGAGCUGGACCAGGCUGAAACCAGGAGCUUCUUCCAGGUCUCCCACGAGGGUGGAGCACUUGGUCCAUCUCCUGCUUCCCCAGGUGCAUUAGCAGGAAGCGGGAUCAGAAGUGGAGCAGCCCAGGACUCAAACCAGCGCCCAUACGGGAUGCCAGCACUGCAGGUGGCAGCUUAGCCCGCUAACGCCACAGCGCCGGCCCCGGGGCUGACUGCUCUGCUGGCUCCUCCACACUCUUAGGUCCUCUCCAUGAGUGUGCUCUGCCUGAGCAGCAGCAGAACGAGAGAGAUGCCCUGCCCCAGUGUUCAGCACUUCGCCCCGCCCCGCCCCAGCCUCAGCAGCUUCCCCUGCAGAGGAGACCAGGAUCAGCCACCUCCCCGCAGCUACAGCUGCCCUGAGGCCACGCCCCUCCAGGUUCUCUGGCAUCCAGUCCUCUCCCCCUACCCUGAUUCUCCCAGCCCAGGCUCAGAGAGAGGGAGGGAGAGCGAGCGAGCGAGCUACAGGUGAGGACAGCGGAGCUGCCCAAGGAGCAGAUCCUGGUCCCAGACAUCAGUCCACAUCAGCUUCUCCCUCUGGACCCCUUCCUGUCGGUGCAGGAGGACAAAGGCUGACGCGGGCUGGUGCAGUCCCCUUGCCCGCCCUCUGGGAUGUGCCACUCGUGUGCAGCACAGCUUCCUGGACUGGGUUCCCCGCCCCGUCUCUCCCUGUCCCUUCUCCAUGCGGAACCGUGUUCCUCUUCACAGUUUGCAAACAGCUGGAGGCAGGGGCUUCGUUGGGCGCAGAGACAGGGACAUGGAUUUGGGUUGUGGGAGCCAGGCCUCCCCUCGUAGGCAGGAGGAGAGCGUCCUUUGACAACUGUGUUUUAGCCUCGUCCAGGGGAGGAGUGAAGGAGUCAAGUUCCGUUUUCUCUCGGGGAAGGGGGCCCAGCGGAGGCUAUGGGAUGUGACCCCGUGCAUGCCUCUGACCGCAAGGGCAGCUCACUCGGUUGGAGGUUCUCGUUGCCUGCAUGCGGCCCACACAAGUAAACACUGGUUUGUCUGCCUGGCAACAACGCGGUGGACGAGGAGCCGCUGCGUCCUGCUCCGACAGCCCUCUGCACAGCCUGGAGACCUCCGUGUGAACGCUCGUUCUAGGACCCCCACCUCUGCUUCCCCUGCACCCCUUCUCAUCUGCUCUUCCCGUAAGGCGAUGAUGCGAAUUGCCACUGUCACAUCAGCUGCUCCCAAGUGUGUUUGAACCCCACCCCACUCCCCACCUGAGCACAAAAAAGAUGAAUAAAAAGAGACCUACCAGGA